UCAAUAUAUAUGCAUAUAUUUACAUAUAUGUGAAAUAUAAAUAUACCAGUGACACGUGCUUGCCUUGGCUAAUUGAAAGAGACAAAGAAAUACAUCAACAAACUUGGCAGAACAUUGGAUUUGUACUGAUUUUUAUAUGACAACAUUAAUACAAAUGCUAUUAGAAUAACAAAGGAUAUAAAGGUGCCAGAGGAUCACAGAUACAUUUACAUUCUUAGUUGGUUUAGAUUUAGACAUUGAAGUUUUGCUGUGAAGCCUUUGUCUUGCCUUUUUGAGGGCCGAGGGUGAUUUGAGUUAGUGGAGUUUGUUAAUCCAAAGGGAGCUCCUUUAUUUAAUUUUAAAAUUUGCUGAAGUUGAAAUUUUGAAACAUAAAAGAUCGUCGACAACAACUGGGAUUUUUUUUAAAAGACAGCAAAGCAAAGAUAAAACCCCACAGAGGAAAAAGGCAAUGGAACAGGUGAACAAUAGCGACUGGACAUCGGAGAAGGAAGAUAUCCUAAGGAAUGACUACCCAUUACACUAUGCUUGCAGAGAAGGUGAUGUAGAUCGUUUGAGGCGACUCUUAGAUGAGUAUACGGCAACAAUGACUGCUCCGAUAAAUCUUGCUCUUUCUAAUUCCAUCAUGCUGAAAGAGGAUUGUUUUUAUGGCUGGACACCAGCUCACUGGGCCGCAUAUUUCGGCAAGCUUGCCUGCCUACAAAAACUGUCCUGCUUCAAUCGACCCUACAACCUGAAGUGUGAUAUGAGGAAUAGCAAGUUCCAACAGACACCAUCUCAUCUUGCAGCUUAUGCUGGUCACCCCCAUUGCCUUCAGUGGUUACUGCAGUCAAAUGCUGAAAUUAAUGCUCGGGACUAUCUCGGUGAAACCCCACUUCAUAAAGCUGCCAGCACCGGUACUUUGGAUUGUGUCAGCUUACUGAUCUCUUAUCAAGCAUCACUUGGCAUCAAAAAUAGCGAAGGUGAGACAGCGUGCAGUUUAGCCAGGAAAUCUGGCUUCUUGGAAUGCGCCCGCAACCUCGAAAUGGCUGCCAUGGGCUCCAUCAACGAGAGCCGAAGAACAGUUGUUGAUGACAUGGAAGUGCAAAGCUCAAGAAAUUUACACGAAAAGUCUCUGAGCGAUAUCCUCAUGGACAAGGAAGUCAAAAAGAACAGGAAAUUAGUUGGUGGUCGGAAGAGAACUCUAGAAGAUUUAGAUGAAGGAAUUUUCAAAUAUUUACGACAAGGGGACUAUGAACCGGAACGCCACAGUUCUGAAGACCCUGAUACUUCCAUGCCCCUAGAAUCGGAAAGGAAUACUCAAUCAUCAAACCAACAUCAAACUUCCAACAAUGAACUAAGCGUCCUAGAAUCCUUCAAAGCAGUCUUGUCUAUAUCGACCGAACCUCUGGACUAUGAUCCUCAGGAUUACCCAUAUUUGAUGAACAGCCCGCCUGGUUCACAUCCUACCAGUGCCAGUGGCAUAUUCCUGUAAAUGUUCUGCAAAAUGGUACCUUUUUUUCUGAAUACAAAAGUGGGAAAUAUCCAGAGAAGUUAACAAAGGAAAGGAAAAAAUGCAAAAUGUGACUUGCAGAAAAAAAGCCCAAAAAACAAAACAAAGGA